AGCCUGCUGGGUUCUCUUAAGAUUUGUAAAAGAACCUUUAACUAUGUUUUCCAAUGUUCUGUUAAGCGGCUAGUUGUGUGUUCCCAACAGUAAACAUUUUAAUGUAAAUUCUGAAAUCAUAGGCAAGGCUAAUUAUAAGAUCUCUUACUGAAGUGUAAAGAUUUCUCGACCACAGGACAGAUUCUGAGUGAUGCCAUCUGCCAUCAUGGCUUCCAAAGAGAAAAAGGAAUUUAAGUUUGAAACAGCCCCAUUUGACCCCCGAUUUCCCAACCAAAAUCAAACCAGGCAUUGUUAUCAAAAUUUCGUUGACUACAAACGAUGUGCUAAAGUCAAAGGAGAAGAUUAUGAGCCAUGUCUAUAUUUCAAGAAAGUCUACACAUCACUUUGUCCCCACUACUGGGUCGAAAAGUGGGAAUCGCAAAUUGAGCAAGGUUGUUUCCCCAUGGAAUUGUAAGAAAACCUAGAAGGCAUUUUAAUGUAGGCUUGCUGAAACACUGUAAUUUUAAAUUAUGUAUAAUAUUCUUUAGGUAGCAUUUCUCCUUCUAUUCAAUUUUUUUUUUUUUUUUUUUAAAUUCACUUAUCAUCCUCCGUGCUAAAAGCCAGGCCAUGCUACCCUCACAGCUGUUCCAUGGAUAUAAUUUUUUCCAUCCUCUUAAUAAGGUCUGUGUAUUUAAAUAAGUUUCAAAACUGUUUGGAAACCUUCAGAUAUGUUUCAUUUAAGCUAUAAAUGGUCUCUGUUCCCCUUCAUUGUUUAAAUAAAUGUUCUAUCUGUUUUAUUUUGUA